AUGGAUGAGGCGGAGUGUGACGAUUGGGUGCUGGUCCGCCGCCCCACCGAGGCGGAGAUUAUGGCGUCGUCCGGUGGGGAGUGGACCGGCUUCACGGACGAGCGGCCGCCUCUCAAGGUCGUGUUCGAGGCACCGGCAAAGUACUGGACCGACGCCUCUCCCAUCGGCAACGGUAGCCUCGGAGCCAUGGUGUGGGGGAGCGUACCCACAGAGACUAUACAACUCAACCGUAAGUGCCGUAGUCAUCGCCGUAUUUUGCUGCCUUAGGCCCUCUUCCUCACUCUAAAAUCGGGAAUCCACUUGCUGGCUUCCAUAACACGAAAAUUUCAGCGUGUGUUCGUGCCAGUUGCGUCUGCUGCCAUUAAAGUACUGUGUGAUUCUCUAUGGGAGUGAAGAAGAUCAACCUGCUUCUUGGCUUUUUUUGGUUCUUGGCCAACUUCUACUUGAUCUUGAUUGGGUCACCAAUCUAAUGGUUAUUGAAGCACGAGAACAUACUAGACAUUUUUUCGACGAAACUAAGAUCCAGGUUACACUAGAUAGUACUUUUCAUGAUAAGGAUUGAAUCUCUUCCUCCUUCAUGUCCUAUGACCGAUAUAUCUAGGAGUUGAGCAAUGGCUGCCCUCCCUAGUGUGUGAACCUUAAGUGAGGAGAUAGAGCUUGCCGCACUUCAUUUGCUUUGGUCAGGUGGGCUAGUGUAUUUGAAUUAUAACUUAUAAUGUUUUUAUGACGAGUCCAUGGACGGUUCCACUGCACGACAGUACACCUAUAAUAUGUGAAAUGAUCAGAAAUAUAUCAGUAGCAAUUUAUAUCUAAAAGCGCUCUUAGUGGCCCAGACUCUCCUAUUUAUCUUUUUAGUAUUUCAACAGGUCUUCUGAUAACCAUGAAGAGUGCUCUUAAAGUAUAAUUUGGUGUUUUUGAAUCAUUUCUUUGGUAGAUUCGUGAGAUAUAUUUUCCCAAUAAAACUCAUGGGAUCUCGUGCAGAUGAUACUCUUUGGACUGGAAAGCCCGGCAACUUCACAAAUCCAGAAGCUCCUGGUAUCCUAUCAAAGGUCAGGAAGCUCGUUGACGAUGGAAAAUAUGCAGAAGCCACAUCGCUAGCAUAUGGCUUGUCAGACCGUUCUCCUGAUGUAUGUAUUAGUGUUGCUCCAGAAUAGAAUCGUAGUUUGAUUUAUAUUUAUUGUCAUCACAAAGAAUUUGCAUAAAUAUCACAUUUUUCUUUAAUAAGUGAUCGCAUAAAUAUCACAAAAACUUCUUUAAUUUUAAUUAUUUUUCUAGUGUUUUGAAUGGCGGGAAUCAAGCAACAAGUACCUGAUGCAAACGCAUAACGUUCUUUUGCAAUAUUGAGUAUAUAUGAUCGGGACCAAGUGUAGAGUGAAUGGAAGGAACAUCGAUGUAAAAAUAUUGAUUUUACAGUUUACACCAUGCCAAGGGGACAGUUUAAUGCUGUCGACGCUAUUAUUAUGUACAAUAGCCUGUUGGUGAAAUAUUUAUGCCAGUGAUUUGGAUGGAGAAGUGUUAUGACAGUGUCCAUUUAAUUGAAUUUGAUGAUAUGUUGAUAUUGGUUAAUGUGGCGGUAACUUUGUUUAUUAUGGAUGUGGCAUUUUUGUGAGAUCAGUAUUGGGAAUGUGAAGUGACUGAAUUGCGAACAGUUUUCCGCUCUGAAGAAACAAAAAUCAGGCCAUGAGUGCAAUUGGGAGACGAGCUUAUGUCGAUGGAAAUACAUUACCAGAGAAUUCUCUUUCAUUUCAUUGAUCUAAUUGAGCUGACUUCAUGAUGAGCUAAAUGAAUCAUUUUUCAAAAAUAUGAAAUCUUGUUAGGGGCACAUCUUGAAAGCAUAUGAUAUCACAUUCGGGAUUUUUACCCAGGAAUCUAGCUCAAGGGUUCCUAAGGGGCAGCGAAGGAAACGAGUAGAACAAUAAUGAACUGAAAUGGAAACUUUAUUCUUAUAGUAUUCAUUUUCAACCGUUAAGAGUUUACUAGUAGAUUAUUUCAAUCGUUUUUGUGAAUUGUUCUUGAACGUACGGAUCGAAUAAAAAAUUUACAAGAAAAUUGUGGUGAGAAUUUUCUAACUGAAGUAUACCUAUGCAGCCUUCUGUUCUGAUCAUGUUUAUUUGUUUAUGAAGGCUUAUCAACAGCUUGGGGAUAUCAAGUUAGAAUUUGAUGAGUCUCAUGGCACGUAUACAGCUUAUCAAAGAGAACUUGAUCUGGAUACGGCAGUGGUCAAGGUGAAGUAUGCUCUCGGAGAUGUAGAUUACACAAGAGAAUCCUUCUCCUCAUAUCCACAUCAAGUGAUAGUGACCAAGAUUUCUGCAAGUAAAAUGGGCUCUUUGUCUUUUACAGUAUCUUUGGACAGUAAAUUACAUCAUCAUUCAAGUGUAAAUGGUGAGAAUCAGAUCAUCCUAGAAGGCAGUUGUCCUUGGACGAGAAUCGCACCAAAGGGAAAUUCCUCUUCUGAUCCAAAGGGAAUUAAGUUUUCUGCAAUUCUUGAUUUACAGAUUAGUGGUGAUUCUGGCCUAGUGCAAGUUCAAGACGGUAGAAAGUUGAGGGUUGAAAAUUCAAGCUGGGCUGUUCUGCUUCUGGUGGCAUCAUCUUCUUUUGACGGGCCAUUUGCCAAUCCAUCAAGUUCCAGGAAGGAUCUGACUGCUGCAUUAAUUGGUACCAUGAGUGUUGUGAAAAAAAAUUCUUUUGCGCAGUUAUUUGCGAAUCACUUGAAUGAUUAUCAGGAACUCUUUCAUCGAGUCACAUUGAGAUUGCCAAAUAGCUCCAAGAGUGGAUCCAGAGGAAAUAUAUCAUCCUUUUCCAAGAGGAAUCCUUUUGAUGUCCAUUUGGAUGGGAAUAUUGGACUUCCUCCGGUCAAUAUGACCUCAGCCAGUUUUUUUGAUGAUGCUUUGAUUUCCACUGCUGAGAGAGUGAAAUCUUUCAGAUCAGAUGAAGAUCCUUCUUUGGUUGAACUUCUGUUUCAAUAUGGUCGUUAUUUGCUUAUAUCUUGUUCACGGCCUGGAACUCAGGCCGCAAAUUUACAAGGAAUAUGGAGCAAAGAUCUCGAACCACCAUGGGAGUAUGAUUCUCGAUAUAUGUUAUAAUCGUUUUCCUUUUACGAUGAUACUUUUCGCACUACAUAAAGGAGGGGGAGUGGGAAGAAAAAAAAACCGACUUCGAAAAUACAUUCAUGUCAGACACGGAUUACUAGUUUUUUCAUUCGGUCAUAGCCAUUUAUGUGUGGACUUGUGAGGAAGGGGAAAAAUGACUGGUGCUAAUGCCAUUUCUUACUUUUCUCUACUUUUUGGGCUACCUUUAAUUCUGCUUAUUGCAACAACAAAAAACUCUUGGAUCAUCAUCCCGUUUAUCUCAAUCAUCUUAAGAAGAGAAUUUGAAACGGUUAUUAGAUGAAAUAGUAAAACGCCUCUAGUGGUGCUCAUUUCUAAAGGAACUAUUAGGACCGAAGAACGAAAAUUACUUGCUCGCAUCUGGGGCCACAUUGUUUUCCAUUAUUCAACUGCUUUAAACACGUCAUGCCUGCUAUACUGUAUUUACUGAUUCCUUCGCUAAUAUUGGUUUAAGUCUUCUCCGGGUUUCAGACUUAUUGAUUAGAAAAUAUUAUUAAUGUUUGAUUUUCUUCCAUGCUCUAUAUUAUUUUUAACCUGCAUGGUCAUCUGAUCUUCGGAAUGCAAGAUGUUGCAUUCCUUUAAACAUGACAGUCAGUGCAGGAAAUGGAUUCAACAUUUACUUUUCAAAAUAAAAGCUGUCAUUUGACAUCUGCCCAAAAAUCUCACUGUUGUUUUUUAAUCUUUCAGUGCAGCUCCUCACCUAAAUAUCAAUCUCCAGAUGAACUACUGGCCCUCACUUUCUUGCAAUCUCAGCGAAUGCCAGGAACCAUUGUUUGAUUACAUCUCUUCUCUAGCGAUCAAUGGAGCUAAAACGGCAAAGGUAAGAUCAUAGUUCUUCUUACAUAACGACUUAUUGUUUUGUGACCAGUAUUAUCGACAGAUCGUCCUUCUGAUAGAAAAUAGUUAUGGAGGCCAUCCUGGUAGGCAUUGUUGCGUGCUCAGACAUUUCAGUGCAGAAAAAUUGACGUACAAGAGACAAGUAAAUUUUCAAUGGAAGAAAGAUGUUUAUGAAAUGAAUAUACAUGUCAUUUACCGUGGAGCGUAGUUCUACUUCUGUUUUAUCAUGGAAAAUUUAAGGGAAUCAAGGUCCAUUGUUACACGAAAACCAAAAGGAAUGUUGGGUGUCGAUUAGCGUCAUCUUCAUUCACCAAAAGGCAGGAAUGAGUUUAUCCUACUUACUCGAACUGUUUACUUGGUACCAAUGAAUCUGUUAUCAAUAUCCUUGAAAUUCAUUCACAGAGAAUGCUUUUAUGCUUUACUUGGAUGAGCUAUUCGUUAACUUUAACACGUUGAUUAAACCGCCUAAUUUUCUUUUCUCAAGAUACAUGUUUCAAUCAUUGUCUUUUGUAAUAUGAAAAUAGGAAUUUUUUUAUAUUAUUCAAGUUUGGUCAUUUGACUGCUAGUAUACAGGUGAACUACGAGUGUAGUGGUUGGGUGGCACAUCAAGUCUCAGAUAUAUGGGCAAAAACAUCACCAGAUAACGGUGAUCCUGUCUGGGCAUUGUGGCCAAUGGGAGGAGCAUGGAUUUGUACUCAUCUAUGGGAGCAUUAUACUUUUUCUAUGGACAAGGUAUCGUGUUAAAGCGCUUUGACAAUGACUAAUUUUAUUAUUUAGAUUACAUUUUAGUUAUUUAUCCGAAAUUUAACUUGUGUUAAUUUGUUUUUUAUGAAUACAAUCUUCACCUUUCUGAGGAGGGUGGACAUCCGUCAUUCUGAAGAAAGCAUAUAAAUUUUGGCUUGAUGGUAUGCGAGUUCCCUAAAGAUCAAUAAACGCUACUCUAUUGAAAGGAAACAAUUUAAAAGUUGUACGAGGACCAAAUCUAUGAAAAUGGCAUUUUCUGUUGGGAACGUGUAGAAAUAUGUGGUAAAAAUAAUUAUCCCAGGGCAUUCAAAACUAAGAAAAUUUCAUACAUUUACUGAAAUGGGAAGGGAAAUAUGCUGGUUCUUGUGAUUAUGAUGUGUCCAUGUGCUGCAGUAAAUUUGGGCUAAGAUUGUAUAAAGGGCAUCAUGCCAUAUACUAUCUCUAACUGCAUCUCCCUUGCGUCAGUAUGGGGUUCAUAUGUGGAUGGAUAAUUUAGUACGGUGCAGAUUGCUAAGGAUUUAUCCUCAGCAGAUAUGAGAUUCUCUAACCCUCCCUGUUAUGCACGUCCAGGUUUUUCUUCAGAAUAGAGCUUACCCUUUGCUCCAAGGUUGCGCAUCUUUUCUCUUGGACUGGAUGAUUGAAGGACAAGGAGGAUUCCUAGAAACCAACCCAUCGACUUCGCCUGAGCAUGCUUUCAUUGCACCUGACGGUAAGACUGCGAGUGUCAGCUAUUCUUCGACCAUGGACAUUGCAAUCACGAAAGAGGUUUUUUCUGCUGUUAUUUCGGCUUCUGAGGUAAACCUCAUACUGGAUAUUAGAUAGAGAGAGAGAGAGAGAGAGAGAUUCCAGCUAGAUUUCUGCAUACUUAUAAUGGAUUAUCUCGUUUUCUGUGUACAACCUAGGUUCUGGGAAGAACAGAGGAUGAUUUUAUACAAAAAGUUAGAAAGGCACUAUCAAGGCUUCCUCCAACAAGAAUCGCCAGGGAUGGUUCUAUAAUGGAAUGGGUACCUAGUUCUUCACUCUCACCCUAAAUUACUCAAAUCAUGUUCUGCACAGCUCACGAGGUCUCAUAGCCUUCUCUUCCCCUUACUCGAGCAGGCACAAGAUUUUCAGGAUCCUGAAGUGCAUCAUCGCCAUUUGUCGCAUUUGUUUGGCCUUUUUCCCGGGCAUACGAUUACUAUGGAAAAGAACCCAGACUUAUGCAGAGCUGCUGAUUACACCCUGUACAAAAGAGGUCAGAAAAUUUAUGUAGAUCAAAACUUGGUCUUUUUUUUUCAUUUUUCGUGCGAAAAUUCUACUGUUAGGUUAGAAUAUUGUGCAUACAUAAUUAAAUUUCUCCGCUAACGUGAUGUUUCUUCUGACUCACACAGUAGAUGAUAAAAAUCCUGGUGGUAGCAGUAUCCUAUAAUUUAUAGAUACUAAUGAAGAAGGGUGAUCUACAGACUAGUGUGGAUGAGAAUGAAGAAAAAUCACUAAAAACACACACACGAAGCAUACAGGAAUUGAUUUGAACAAUCGGCAAAAGAAAAUACGUGGAAUUAUCUUGGGAAGAUUACCUUCCAACCUGAUCCUGUUUGUGUUGGAACAUCUCCUGAAGUGAAUGACAGGCUAUGAAAAGUGGAGAUCUUAUGUGAUUUAUUUUAAGGUCAUAGAUGCCGGUAGCUACUGACGAUUCAGAAUAGCUUGAAGCGACUGAACCAGUGUGGGUAUGUGCAGGGGACGAAGGGCCCGGUUGGUCGACCACAUGGAAGAUGGCGCUGUGGGCGCACCUCCACAACAGUGGCCACGCCUACAAGAUGGUCCUGCAGUUGAUCAACCUGAUCGAUCCAGAACACGAAUCUAGCUACGAAGGGGGGCUCUACAGCAACCUGUUCACCGCCCACCCGCCCUUCCAGAUCGACGGGAACUUCGGGUAUGUCUCUCUUCACUGUUUCUAACGCAGAGCCGCCGCCGGUCGACGCAUUCGCUCCUCUCGUGGGGACCCUUCUGACGGCGCUGUCGACGCUCCCCUUCGCAGCUUCACCGCCGGCGUCGCAGAGAUGCUGGCCCAGAGCACCGAAACCGACCUGCACCUGCUCCCGGCGCUGCCGAGGGAUAAGUGGGCCAGCGGCAGCGUCCAAGGCCUAAAGGCCCGCGGCGGCGUGACGGUGAACAUCAGCUGGAAGGAAGGGGAACUCCACGAAGCUCGCCUCUGGUCCAAGACCCAGACGGUGGUCAAGAACCUGCACUACAGGGGCACCGUCGUCUCCGCCGAGCUGACCCGCGGCUACGUUUUCACGUUCGACGGCCGCCUCCGGUGCCUGCGGGCGCUGCCGCCGCUUGCCUCCUCGGUCAGGAUUCUUUUACUAAUUAUCUAUUUCCUUUCUUUCUUUCUUUCUUUCUCUCUCCUGGCAGAUGGGGCAGAUUUGCGGCGAGCCAUGAUUUUAUUGUAUUAA